AUGCUGGGAGGCCGCACUUCCUCUCAGGGGCCUCUAGAAACCACAGGACCAAGCUGCGCCCCCGCAGCCGGCAGGAUGGCAGAGGGCAAGGCGGGCGGAGCAGCUGGCCUUUUCGCCAAGCAGAUGCAGAAGAAGUUCAGCAGGGCCCAGGAGAAGGUUCUGCAGAAAUUGGGGAAAACCGUAGAAACCAAAGAUGAGCGAUUUGAACAAAGUGCCAGCAACUUCUACCAACAGCAGGCAGAGGGCCACAGGCUGUACAAAGAUCUGAAGAACUUCCUUAGCGCAGUCAAAGUGAUGCGUGAGAGCUCAAAGAGAGUAUCAGAGACCCUGCAGGAGAUCUACAACAGCGACUGGGAUGGGCAUGAGGACCUGAAGGCCAUCGUGGGGAACAACGAUCUCCUCUGGGAAGACUAUGAAGAGAAACUGGCUGACCAGGCUUUGAGGACCAUGGAGAACUAUGUGUCACAGUUCAGUGAGGUUAAGGAGAGAAUUGCCAAGCGGGGCCGGAAACUGGUCGACUACGAUAGUGCCCGACACCACCUGGAGGCUGUACAGAAUGCUAAGAAGAAGGACGAGGCCAAGAUGGCCAAGGCAGAAGAAGACUUCAGCAAGGCCCAGGUUGUGUUUGAAGACCUGAACCAGGAACUCCUGGAGGAGCUGCCUGUUCUUUAUAACAGUCGUAUUGGCUGCUACGUGACCGUCUUCCAAAACAUUUCCAACCUGAGAGACGUCUUCUACAGGGAGAUGAGCAAGCUGAACCACAGUCUCUAUGAAGUGAUGAGCAAACUGGAGAAGCAGCAUUCCAACAAAGUCUUUGUGGUAAAGGGCCUAUCAAGCAGCAGCAGGCGCUCCUUAGUCAUCUCUCCCCCGGUGCAAACCUGUACUGCCUUCAGCCCCGUCAGCCCAGUGACCUCACCUACCAGCCCCAAUGCUCUUUCUGUAACCAGUGAGAGUGAGUCUGUGUCAGCCACUGCAGAGGAGCUGACCUCUGAGGCAGUGGGAGAGGAUAGCUGUGAGAGCGAAGAGUCCUUGAAAGAUGAGGAAGCGGACGAAGACCAGUCUGAAACAAGCUCUUCAGAGGAGGAGGAAGAUGAGGAUGAAGAUGAGGACGAAGAAGAGUCUCUAGCAGCCUGCAACGGCCCCACCCCGACCCCGGCCCCGACCCCGGCCCCGGCCUCCCCUGCAGCUGAGGUGAAGUCCCAGGAGGAAGCUGCCCCGUGCUCCCCAACUUCAUCCCUGGGCAGGGGUCAGACCGGGAAAGAGCAUUCUCCCCCCGGGGAAGUGGUCCUCCGUGCCCGCGCCUCGAGCGAGGGGGCAGAACAGAGCAAAAGAACAGCGUCCGUCCAGCGGACCUCUGCUCCGCCCAGCAGGCCUCCACCACCCAAGGCCUCAGGCGGUGGGCUCUCCAGCCCCCCAGGAUCGGCAGAGGCCUCCAAGGCAUGCCACCCCAGGGCCUCUUCAGAUGCCUCUUCGGAUCCAGAACCCCCAGAGACCGGAGAAAAGGAGGGCACUGGCAGCUCGGGCCCCAAAGAGCCACAUGCCUCCUCCACCAAGAGCGCCACCCAGGCAAUUUCAAAUGAUGAAAACACAGAACUCUGAAGAGAAACCACCAAGGACCUGACCUCGUCUGCCCAGAGAAGUUUCUGAAGCCGAGGGCCAUGGGUACAAGCCUCACGAAAUUCACGUUCUCGGGCAGUGUGGAUCCGUGCCCUCGGAAUCCUGCCAUUGCUGGAGUCUGCAGCAGCCUGAGGGAGGAAGGCACCACACACAGGGAACGUUUUUUACCAGGGGCUUGAGCAGUAAUAGAAGCAGGGCUGUAAUGACGCCAAGGAAAAGCUUCCUUUGGCGCGUCCACACGUUUGGGGGACAGGCGUCCAGCCCACCACUCACUGGGCAAGAGUUAAAGCGGAAACAUUUUUCAGACUACUAAAUAAAGUGUGGUUUUGACUAGG